AUGUCUGCUACCGAACCUGCAGAACCUCAUGCUAGAACAGAUGAUGCCCUUUAUGGUUAUAUACCCUCCAAGGCAGCCACCAUAAUCUUUGUUUCGCUCUUCUUGGUCUCCACAGUUAUACACUGUGUCCAAGCAAUCAAAUAUCGAAAAUGGUAUUUGAUAUAUACCGCUGGAGUAUGUGGCAUGCUGGAAUUCGCGGGUUGGAUCGGGCGCUUGUGGUCGGCUUUCUCUCCACAGUCAAUGACGGCAUAUAAACUCCAAGCCACCUGUCUCGUCUUUGCUCCGACUCCACUGCUUGCAGCCACCUUUGUUAUCUUCGGACAGAUCAUUAAACGUCUUGGCCCAUCUUUUAGUCGACUUCAACCCAAAAGAUGUAAAUAUCAAUUUGAGUUAUUCCUACUAGAAAUUCACAUUUUUUUGAAGAUACAGUUGUGUUUUGACGUGUUAGCUCUUGUGGUUCAAGGUGGAGGUGGUGGUAUAGCAGCCUCGGCGACGGACAACCCUAGCCAAAUAGAUCUAGGCUCUCGUAUCAUGCUAGUGGGUAUAGUUGUCCAGCUAGUGGUGAUAAUUGGUUUCUCUGUGCUGGCCGCGGAGUUCUUGAUACGUUUCUACAAAAAUAUGCCUUUUCAAGGACGAAGUGAUGAAUCGAUGCGAAAGCUCUUGAAUACGGAAGUAAAAUCAAGGAUGACUCCGAAUAUCAAAUUGAUAUUAUAUGGAGUACUUCUCAGUACUGUGUUUUUCCUUGUCAGGUCCAUUUACCGUGUGAUAGAGCUUUCGGAGGGGUGGGAAGGUCCCGUAAUGCGUACACAAAUGUAUUUCAACAUUAUGGAUGGCUUAAUGAUUGUGUUGGCUAUGUAUACAGUCAAUGUCUUUCAUCCAGGAAGGUAUCUUGCAACGGACAGCAAAGACACAGAGUUACAAAAUAUUGGGGAUUAG